GAUCCCUAGACUAGCCAGAGAGAGAGGUGAAGAUCUAGAGAAACAGAGCACCUCCUAGGACCUUGUGUUAAUCACAAGGUCAUUUCAGAGACUUUUUAGGGUUACUGAACAAAAUCCAGGGAAAUGUGAGUAGAUCUUUAGCGUGUGCGCCCAUCAUCCAGUCCAGUAGGUGGUGUUGAAACAUCUUACUACAAGACACAGGAGAAGAAGUACUUGUUUUUUUUCCCCCGCAUGUGAGCAUGGAGUUACCCAGCUGAGCUGAAAUUAUCACUACAUGCAGCUAUUUCUCCAGAGACUGGUAGAUCUGAUCAAAUAAGAAAUACUAAAUUUUGGAGAUCAGAAAUCUGCUGAUCUUCAAAUCCAGAGAUGGAGAUGAACAAGAUUCCUACACAAGACUCUGGUAGUGAUCAAUCAACUGCUGGUACUCUUUGUACUAUAACCAGUGAAGAAGUAAUACACACGUUCCUUCACCACUGCUCAUACUGCGGAAAGCGUUUUACUUGCCAGAGUCGAUUACAAACACACCAGCGGACUCACACUGGAGAGAAACCUUAUAAGUGCUCACAGUGUGGAAAGAAUUUCAGUCAGAGAUGUAACCUCCAGCUACACCAGCGCAUUCACACCGGAGAGAAGCCGUAUCACUGCUCAGAUUGUGGAAAGAGUUUCAAUCAGCUGAGUAACUUCAAACAACACCACCAAAUUCAUAAAGGAGAGAAACAGUUUACCUGCUCAGACUGUGGAAGACGAUUUACCCACCACUGUACACUUAAAACACACCAGCGCAUUCAUACUGGAGAGAAGCCGUUUCAGUGCUCACACUGUGGCAAAAGAUUUACGUUGCGUGGUACUCUUAAAACACAUCAGCGUGUUCACACGGGGGAGAAGCCAUAUCACUGCUCGCAGUGUGGGGAGAGCUUUACGUACAGGAGAACGCUCCAGGAACAUCAGAGUGUCCACUCUGGGAAGAAGCGCUAUUACUGCUCGGUGUGUGGAAAGGGGUUUAACAGGGAGGGGAACUUUCAAACACACCAGCGCGUUCACACCGGAGAGAAACCGUAUCACUGCUCGUUGUGUGGAAUGAGUUUUGCUCAGUCGAUUACUUUCCAGCGACACCAGCGCGUUCACACAGGAGAGAAGCCGUAUCAGUGCUCAGAGUGCGGGAAAAGUUUUACUCAGCUUACUGCUUUCCAACACCACCAUCGUAUGCAUGCGCAAGAGUGUAAUCUCGAAACACACCAAACCAUCCAUGCAGAAUACACAGAAAAGAAGAACUUGGUUUUGUUCUGCAUGGACUCUGGUUAUCCAUCUGAGCUGAAAUCAUCUCUACAUGUAGCUGUUUCUUCAGAGACUGUUAGAGAUAAUAACAACACCUGGAGAGAAGAGAUGAAGAAGAACAUGGCACUCACAAGAGACUCCAGUACUGAUCAAUCAACUGCUAGUACUCUUUGUACUAUAACCAGUCAAGAAGGAAUACACACAGACCUUCACCACUGCUCAUACUGUGGGAAGAGUUUUACUUCCCAGGGUCGUUUACAAACGCAUCAGCGCACUCACACAGGACAGAAGCCUUAUCGCUGCUCACAGUGUGGAAAGAGUUUUGGUCAGACAAGUCAUCUCCAACAGCACCAGCGCAUUCACACCGGAGAGAAGCCGUAUCACUGCUCAGUAUGUGGGAAGAGUUUCAAUCGGAGAUGUCAUCUCCAGCUACACCAGUAUAUUCACACAGGGGAGAAGCCACAUUACUGCUCACAAUGUGGAAAGAGUUUCAGUCGGAGAGGUAACCUCCAGCAGCACCAACUUGUUCACACUGGAGAGACACCAUAUCGCUGCUCAGAGUGUGGGCAAAGCUUUAAAUACAGGAAAACUCUUCAGGAACAUCAGAGUGUUCACUCAGGAAAGAAGCGCUAUUAUUGCUCACUGUGUGCAAAAGGUUUUAACAGACAGGGUGAUUUUCAAGCACACCAGCGCGUUCACACUGGAGAGAAGCCGUAUCACUGUUUGCAGUGUGGGAGAAGUUUCAAUCGGAGAUGUCAUCUCCAGCUACACCAGCGCGUUCACACUGGAGAGAAGCCAUAUUACUGCUCGCAGUGCGGAAUGAGCUUUGCACAAUCAAGUACCCUCCAACAACACCAGCGCAUUCAUACAGGAGAGAAGCCGUAUCACUGCUCAGAGUGCGGGAAGAGUUUCACACAGCGUAGUGCUUUCCAACACCACCAUCGAAUUCAUACAGGAGAGAAACCAUUUGUUUGCUUACAGUGUGGGAAAGGAUUUACUCAACAGAGUAAUCUCAGAACACACCAACGCAUCCAUAUGGGAGAGAAAAAAGUUCAGACAGACAAGUAG